CAGACAGCGCUCGGCAGCGCCCGGUCGGCGGCGGGCGGGCAGCGGAGCCGUCGGCGGGGCGAGCAUGGAGGAGGGCGGCCGGAGCCCCCGGGAGGAGGCGGCCGAGCCGCAGGAGUCCGGCGGCGACGCGGAGCCCGGCGGCGGCGGCGGGCGGCGGGGGCUGCUGCUCCCCCCCGGUGACCCACCGCACCCCCACCCGCACCCGCACCGCAUCACCAACUUCUUCAUCGACAACAUCCUGCGGCCCGAGUUCGGGCGGAGGAAGGAGGCGGGCGGCCCCGACGGAGAGCCCCGGCGGCCCGGCGCGGAGAGCCGCCGCAGCCCCGCCGCGGCGCCGGCCCCCGGCGCUCCGCUGCCCGGCGGCGGGGCGGGCUCGCCGGGCCGGGGGGAGGGCGGCCCCGCCGGGCUGGCCCUGCACGGCGCCGCCAAGAAGGGGGGGGACCCCGCUGCGCUGGAGGCGGCCCUGAAGGCGCGGGGGCUGAGCGGCGGCGACCUGUCGGUGAGCUCGGACUCGGAUAGCUCGCAGGCCAGCUCCAACGCCGGGAACCAGCCCAUGCUGUGGCCCGCCUGGGUGUACUGCACGCGGUACUCGGACCGGCCCUCCUCAGGUCCCCGCUCCCGCAAACCAAAGAAGAAGAACCCCAACAAGGAGGACAAGCGGCCUCGCACCGCCUUCACGGCCGAGCAGCUGCAGAGACUCAAGGCCGAGUUCCAGACGAACCGGUACCUGACGGAGCAGCGACGGCAGAGCCUGGCCCAGGAGCUCGGGCUCAACGAGUCCCAGAUCAAAAUCUGGUUCCAGAACAAACGGGCCAAGAUCAAGAAGGCGACGGGCAGUAAGAACUCCCUGGCAGUGCACCUCAUGGCCCAGGGGCUCUACAACCACUCCACCACGGCGAAAGACGGCAAGUCGGACAGUGAAUAGCCGA